GCUUUUCUCUGUUUUUAUUCGACCCACAAAAAAGAAGCAGCUGUAUUAGCAAAGUUCAGGUUAAAGUUUUCUCGGUUGUAAACGCCGAUUAAAUUAUAAUUUACAGCAGAUAAACUAAUGCCGAAGUGCUUGGAAGUAAUAAGAGGAUCAUGGUAGAGAAAGUAAUGUGUAAUUGAUGAGGAUCAACUGUAAUCGAGAUGCUUGUCAGUUAACACCCAGUGAAUGUGUGAGGGCCUGUAGCUAUGGGGACACAGUUCACAAUCGAUGACGCCUUUGUCCUGGAGGGGGAGGAGGAAGGCGUGGUGCCUGGAGAGGAUGUGGAUGAAUGGGAAGGAAGAGAAAAAGACGGCGGGGGAGAGAUGACAUUCGGACCUCUUUCUUUUGCCAAAACGCAGUGUCAUCCUUCUGCAUCCGCUGGCACUCCUGAACACAGCAAUCUGAAAUAUCAGAACCUGGAGAAUGAAGAUGGUUUAGGUGGCGCUGUGAAUUCUUCUUUCAACAACUUCUUUAAAAUCAGUGAUCCAGCUACUCUGUCCUACUGCAGCUCUCAGUGGUCCUUUAGCACACUCAGCUCAGUCACUCAGCUGUCUGCCCACUGCUGCGGGUGGACGUCUCAUCCUCUGGUGAAGAAAAACAGACGAGUUGUACUUGCCUCAUUCCUCCUAUUAAUCACAGGAGUUGCUUUGAUCUUUACAGGCAUUGUCAUACAGUUAAACCCACACGCAGGUGUUUCAAGUGCAAUCUUCUUUGUUCCUGGAUUUCUUCUUUUCAUUCCUGGUGUCUAUCAUGUCAUCUAUAUAAGCUGUGCGGUUAAGGGGCGAAGAGGAUUCAAGUUCUUUUAUUUGCCAUACUUUGAGAAGUAAAGACUUUUACUUCACAUCAUUCAGACUGGUGGUCUGGAUCGUCUUUGCCCAACAUUUCAUGAACCACUUAAAAUAUCAGCAUUUUAAAACCCAACGAAAUGAAGUAUGAGAAUGGACACUUUUACAAUAUCACUUGUGAUUUUGUAAUUCAUUGUUCAGAAUUCUGUACACAUGUCUAUGUGUAACUUCUACAGAUUAAACUAACAGGGACUUUUACUAAAAUAUAGAUAAAUGAAAACAGAGACUUGUACUGUAUCAAGUCAAAUUUGUCCAUUUAAUUUGUGAAGUAUUUGAAAGGGAGAGAGUAUAUUUCUCUGUGACAUUUUAUAUUAGCUGUAUUACACUGGUGUUAUUGUAUGUUCUCAAUUCAGUGAAAUGUUUUUGAUUUUAUUAAGCCUGUCAAAUAGAUGUACAGAGUUCUUUCAUCAAUGCAUCAACAUGAAAUUGUACACCACUAACCUUGUACAUGCGUAGUAAAAAAAAAAUGAAAUCACAGACAAAACAAAUCACACAAAAAUGCAAAUCAAGAAUGGAGCCAUUUUGGCCACCAAAUGCACAUACAAUCUGUAUUUUAAAGUAUUUUGUUAAAAUCAUGUAAGAUCCAUGAAUCCAAUUAUUAUCAUUUUUUUUUACUGCACAUCAAUUACCUUAAACUAGUACCACUACUAACACUUUAAACCACUGUGUACAACGUAUGAGUGUUGAUGUUUUGUAUUGUAAUGUUUUUAAUAAUUUUGACACUACAAUAAACCUUUUUAUAUAUUUGA